GCAUUCGUGGACACAAGUGAGUUGGACAAUAGCACGGCCAAUUCUGUAUUGGAAAUGAUGCGUAUGGCCGAAUUCUGGUUGAAUACUCGUGGACAGAACACUUUCGAUGUGGUGCUUGGUGUACGCUAUCUACCACCAAUGCAGAGCUCAACUCUUUUCUGGCAUCUGCCAGAUUUUAGCUUUCUUACAGUUUGCGAAGAACUGAAAUUGGGAUUUAUGGUAAUGCUGGCCGGAACAACGCCGAGUUCAUUCAGCGUAUAUAGUUCAAUUGCAAAACGNUAUCUGUAUGUGCCGUUGAUUGAUUGGGAAACCUCAAACGUUUAUGAAGAUGAGCACCAACAACAACAGCAACAGUCACUGUUUUCGAUUUCAGUUAGGCCGAUGGCCGACGAGAUUCUUGUUGAUUACAUUCGACUGAAACAAUGGCAUCAGAUCAUCUAUUUUCAUGAUGGCAACAAUGGUCAGUGA